ACAAAAAAAAGUCUGAAUAAUACAGAAAUAAAGUCUUAAUUUGUCAAGUCAUUUUCUAACGCUUAUCCUCGCGGGGGUGCUGGAGCCUAUCCCAGCUGUCUUCUUCAGGCGAAAAGCGGGGUACACCCUGGACUGGUCGCCAGCCAAUCACAGGGUACAUAUAGACAAACAACCAUUCACACUCACAUUCAUACCUAUGGACAAUUUGGAGGGGCUAAUUAACCUAGCAUGUUUUUGGAAUGUGGGAGGAAACCGGAGUACCCGGAGAAAACCCACGCAUACACGGGGAGAACAUGCAAAAACACAGGGGUGGAAUCGAACUCGUGUCUCCUAGCUGUGUGGCCUCCGCGCUAACCACUCAUGUUGUAUUAUGAGAAUGUGUAUUUUUGUUUUGUUUUGUCUGUAGUCUACAUUUUUCUGGAAUGUUCCUGGAAUGUUGUGAUCAUAACUCUAGAGGAGUAUGCAGACAUCCGGAGUACCCGGAGAAAACCCCCACACACACUCAGGGAGAACAUGCAAACUCCACACAGAGAUGCCCAAGUGGAGAAUCGAACCCAGGUCUUCCGGAUGGUGUGGCCAACAUUUGGAAACAAAUCCUCAAUAUCUGUCCAUUUCUUCUGCAUUGGUUUUAAUUCCAUGUCAGCUCUCCAUAUAGUACAAUGCCAUCUAGUGGUAGUGAAGACCCCCUACAAGAACUCAACAAUAUGCUGUGCUUUCAAGUAUCAUCCACUAGUGGGCAGUGUGCACCAAAGCAAAUCUCAGAAUUCUCCAUGCACUGAAAAGCGCAGACGCUGCGCUGUGCCCACCCCCAUUCAGUUCUUAGUGUGAGUUGGGGGCGUCUUCGGGACAUUUGGACACUUCAACGCUCUUGAGUCCUCCUGGAGUGGACGCAUGCAGUCUGCAGGAUGUACUUGCUUUGGGUGUGGACGCUUUUGGGGAUAACUGGAGCUGCCGGUUCAAAUGUGUGCACCUCCAGAGGGGCCAGCACAUGUAAGCAGUGUCUAGCCGUGCACCCCAGCUGUGCAUGGUGCGUCCAAGAGGAUUUUGGUCAGGGCGAGGCCAGCUCGUCCCGCUGUGAUCUGAAGAUCAACCUCAUAGCGGCAGGCUGCACAGCAGUGGAGUCGCCGCACAGCAGAAUGCAGGUGAUAGAGGACCGGCCACUCAGUAAGAAAGCUGCGGGGGCCACGCAGGAUGUGACGCAGAUCAAACCCCAGAAGCUGCACAUCACACUCAGACCUGAUGAUGCCAAGCGCUUCACGGUAAAGGUGCGGCAGGUAGAGGACUACCCUGUGGACCUUUACUACCUCAUGGACCUCUCCUACUCCAUGAAUGACGACCUGUAUCGUCUGAGGACACUGGGCAGAGGCUUAGCCGAGGCUAUGAACCGUGCCACCAGCAACCUUCGCAUGGGCUUUGGGGCCUUUGUGGACAAACCGCUGUCCCCUUACAUGUACAUCUCUCCCAAGGAGGCUGUCAAGAACCCUUGCUACAGCAUCAACACCACCUGCCUGCCCCAGUUUGGCUACAAACAUGUUCUGUCUCUAACGGAGAAAGUGAGCCGCUUCACCGAGGAAGUGAGGAAGCAGAUGGUAUCCAGGAACAGGGACGCACCUGAAGGAGGUUUCGACGCCAUCAUCCAGGCCGCUGUCUGCAAGGAGCAGAUCGGCUGGCGUCCCGGAGCAUCCCACCUCCUUAUCUUCACCUCAGACGCCAAGACGCAUGUAGCGCUGGACGGUCGUCUCGCCGGGAUUGUGCAACCCAAUGAUGGACAAUGCCAUCUUAAUGAAGACAACCUGUACAGCAUGUCUACCACCAUGGAUUACCCAUCACUCGCACUCAUCACAGAGAAGAUGUCGGAAAACAACAUCAACCUCAUUUUUGCUGUCACCAACCCUGUGGUUCCUUUGUACCAGAACUACAGUGAACUGAUUCCCGGUACCACUGUGGGAACGCUGUCCAAUGACUCCGGCAAUGUCAUCCAGCUCAUAUUGAAGGCUUAUGCUAAAAUCCGCUCCAAGGUAGAGCUGGAGCUUCUGGGUGUCCCGGAGGAGCUGUCACUCUCUUUUAACGCCACAUGUUUGAAUGGAGAAGUCAUCCCAGGACUCAAGUCUUGCUCGGGGCUUAAGAUCGGAGAUACGGUGUCUUUCAGCGUGGAAGCCCGAGCUCGAUCCUGCCCUAAGCAGAAGAAGAAGACCUUCAUCAUCAAGCCAGUGGGCUUCAAGGACUCGCUCUCCAUCACCGUCACCUUCGAGUGCGACUGCAAGUGCCAGAACAGAGCCCAGGCCGGCAGCCCCAAAUGUCACCACGGCAAUGGUACCUUUGAGUGCGGAAUCUGCAUGUGCCAUCCCGGGCGAUUGGGGCCGCACUGCGAGUGUGCCGAGGGGGACUACAGCCCCGCGGAGCAGGACCGUUGCACGGAGCCCAGGGACAGGUCUCGGGGGAUCUGCAGCGGGCGCGGGGACUGUGUGUGCGGUCAGUGUGUGUGCCACAACAGCGACUUCGGAAAAGUGUGGGGGAAGCUGUGCGAGUGCGACGACUUCAACUGCCUUCGAGACAAGGGGGAAAUCUGUUCUGGCCACGGCGUCUGCAACUGCGGCUUUUGCCAGUGCGCCCCCGACUGGCAGGGGGAGAACUGCAACUGCUCCACGCGUACCGACACCUGUAUGUCCCACCUGGGUUUGCUGUGCAGUGGGAGGGGCCAGUGCGUGUGCGGAGCUUGCGAGUGUACCCAGCCUGGCGCCUACGGGGCCACCUGCGACAAGUGCCCCACCUGCCCUGAUGCAUGCACCAUGAAAAAGGAGUGUGUGGAGUGUCAACAUUUCAAGAGAGGGAAGCUGUUUGACGACAACGACUGUGCUCGCAUUUGCAAGGAUGAGAUUGUGCUGGUGGAUAAAUUAGUCUUUCAUGAUACAAACGCUGUAAACUGCACCUACAAGGACGAAGACGAUUGCCUGGAGCGAUUCCAGUACUACGAGGACGCCAGCGGCAAGUCCAUCUUGUUUGUCGUCAAGGAGCCAGAAUGCCCUAAGGGUCCGGACGUCUUGGUGGUGCUGCUCUCGGUAGCGGGGGCCAUCUUGUUCCUGGGCUUAGCGGCCCUGCUCAUCUGGAAACUGUUGGUGACCAUUCACGACAGGCGGGAGUUCGCCAAAUUUGAGGAAGAGCGCGCUCGGGCCAAAUGGGACACGGGACACAAUCCUCUCUACAAGGGGGCCACCUCCACCUUCACAAACAUCACAUACAGAGGAAAAGACUGACAGAUUUUCUUUAUGGGGGAAGAAAAAUUACAAAAUCAUGUGCAGGUCUCUACUGUCACAAUAAAUAAUAAUUAUUAUUAUUGUUUGUAAAUAUGUAGAAAUGAUUGUGUUUUAACACGGUUUUUUGUCAGCAAAUAUAAUAAACCUUGUUUCCUCUGUAGGUACAAUACUGCCAUCUGCUGGGCAUGAACUGCAACUGAUUGGUGUUUUUAGAAAAAAUGUCAAUGUUCAGUUAAUUAAUUUAUAGUUUCUUGGCAAAAAAAAAUUAUGAUAAUUCUAAAGAAAAAUUUGUAGUUUUUUAAAAAAUUUAUUGUAUGCUUUAUUUUAAAGUUUUCUCCCAAUGUAAUAUAAUACAAAUUAUUUGAAUACAUUACAUGUAAAUCCCUAUUACAUGUAAAACCUGCAUGCAGGGGGCAAGCGUCAUGGUUCACUUCCGUGGAAGUUUUAUCCAAAUCCGAUGCAGCAUUUCAAAAUAAAUGCGUCUAAAAUGCGCACAUGUGAUUAUUUUACAUAUGAUUUGAGGCAGUAAUUAAAAAAAUACCUAAU